UGAGGUCGCGUUCUCCUGUGUGCGCCGUGGAUCUUGCGGUUUCGUCUCUCCAUCUCGAUCUCGAGCUUAGGGUUUCGCGAUCCGCGAUCGAAAUGGACGCUUUGGACUCCGUGGUCGAUCCCCUGCGGGAGUUCGCCAAGGACAGCCUUCGCCUCGUCAAACGGUGCCACAAGCCCGACCGCAAGGAGUUCACGAAGGUGGCGGUACGCACGGCGAUCGGGUUCGUGGUGAUGGGAUUCGUUGGGUUCUUCGUCAAGCUGAUCUUUAUCCCGAUCAACAACAUCAUCGUCGGUUCCGGUUAGGAAGGCUGAAAUUGGUGUGCUCAUCUGACAGCGGACAAAAUACAUUUUGGGAAGGGAGAAAUUGCGGCAAGUCUAAUUUCUCUUUCAUUACCUGAAGGCUGGCAAUGGUUGAAUUCUCCCUAGCAAAGUAGCUCCUAGAAUUAUAUUUCCUUUUCCAAUUUGUUCAACAUAUCCUUACAAAUGUAAUCAAACUAGCACACUGCAGAUGCCAACCUCUGGAAGGUAACACAUACUAAAAGAGCAAUUUCCAAGAACAUUGUUAAUCCA